CCCCGCCCCUCUGGCCGGCCUCCGCCAUCUUGCCUCUCCCUGCUGCCAGAACCGAGCGCGGAAGAGGAAACGGUUGUGUGCGGGCUCAGCAGGGUUCCGGCUCGCCUCCUCCAGCCUCCACACAGACCCAGCGCCUCUACGACAGCACAGACCCGGGCAGAGAUGGCUGGACGGCUACCGGCGUGUGUGGUGGACUGCGGCACAGGUUACACCAAGCUGGGAUACGCAGGGAACACGGAGCCGCAGUUCAUCGUUCCGUCAUGUAUCGCCAUCAGGGAGUCGGCCAAGGUGGGCGACCAGGCCCAGCGGAGGAUGAUGAAGGGCGUGGACGACCUGGACUUCUUCAUCGGGGACGAAGCCGUGGACAAGCCCUCCUACUCCACCAAGUGGCCCAUCCGCCAUGGCAUCGUGGAGGACUGGGACCUGAUGGAGCGCUUCAUGGAGCAGGUCAUCUUCAAGUACCUGCGGGCCGAGCCAGAGGACCACUACUUUCUCCUGACGGAGCCUCCUCUGAACACACCGGAGAACCGGGAGUACACGGCUGAGAUCAUGUUCGAGUCCUUCAACGUCCCGGGGCUCUACAUCGCCGUGCAGGCUGUGCUGGCCCUCGCUGCCUCCUGGACCUCCAGGCAGGUGGGAGAACGGACGCUGACGGGUACCGUCAUCGACAGCGGCGACGGCGUCACGCACGUCAUCCCCGUGGCGGAGGGCUACGUCAUCGGCAGCUGCAUCAAGCACAUCCCCAUCGCGGGGCGGGACAUCACCUACUUCACCCAGCAGCUGCUGAGGGAACGGGAGGCCGGGAUCCCCCCGGAACAAUCCCUGGAGACCGCCAAGGCCGUCAAGGAACGCUUCAGCUACGUGUGUCCGGACCUGGUCAAAGAGUUCAGCAAGUACGACUCGGACGGGUCCAAAUGGAUCAAGCAGUACACCGGAACCAACGCCAUCAGCAAGAAGGAGUUCACCAUCGACGUGGGCUACGAGCGCUUCCUGGGGCCCGAGAUCUUCUUCCACCCGGAGUUUGCCAACCCGGACUUCACGCAGCCCAUCUCAGAGGUGGUGGACGAAGUCAUCCAGAACUGUCCCAUCGACGUCCGCCGCCCUCUCUACAAGAACGUGGUUCUGUCCGGAGGCUCCACCAUGUUCAGGGACUUUGGGCGGCGCCUGCAGAGAGACCUGAAGAGAACGGUGGACGCGCGGCUGAAGCUGAGCGAGGAGCUGAGCGGAGGAAAACUCAAGCCCAAACCCAUCGACGUCCAGGUGGUGACCCAUCACAUGCAGAGAUACGCCGUGUGGUUCGGAGGAUCCAUGCUCGCCUCCACCCCCGAGUUCUACCAGGUGUGUCACACCAAAAAGGACUACGAGGAGAUCGGGCCGAGCAUCUGUCGCCACAACCCCGUGUUCGGCGUCAUGUCCUAACCCGUGGACCCGGGCCGGUUCUGCCAGCGAGGAUCGGAUCAGCGCCGGCGGCCGGGAAGAACAAAGAGGAGACCAAACGGACGGCUGGGUUUUUAUUGUGAAUUUUUCUUCUGUUUCUUUUCUGCUUUUUCUGAAAAAGGGAAGUGUUCCUAAGCCCAAAGCAUUCCUGGUUCUGUUGGACCUUCAGGAACAUAUUUAUGUUAAUGAAUCAGGACCAGAACCAGAACAUAUUCUCGUUGUUUCUGCUCAUGUCGGUGGAUCCGCUCAGAACUUGUUUCUAUUUCAUACUAAAGUUUUUUUAUGUUUAAUCCAUGAACUGAAGCCAGAACCACAAGAACCUGCAGCAGCUUCUCAGGUUCUGUUCAAAGUAUUCAGACGGUUUCAGAACCGUUUGGUUCUGAUGUCACACAACCUUUACGAUGCCGGCUAGAACAGAACCGUCAGGACGAUAAUAAAGUUCUGUUAGGAGUGAUUUUGUGUUUUAAUGCCUUCCAAGGUCCAAUAAAAGCUUCAGGUUCUUUCAGAA